ACUAUGUAAGGAGCCCCCAAACACUGAAUCGCGACGGUGUGUUCCCGGCUGCUCUUCGCGUUGGGAAUGAGAUCCCACUUCGGAAGUGCGAUUCGGUAGCUUCAAAGCCACACUAGCAGCAUGCGAUUCACCUCACAAACUUCGGCCGCUAUGGCCAUCGCAAUGGCCUCACUUGUCGAAUCGAGACCUUCUCCAUCGUCUUCUCCCCACGGCACGAUAAAACACAGCAGACGAUGGCUUCCAGGCUCAGACAAGAUUCGUGGUGUGAACCUCGGUUCUUCUUUUAUUAUCGAGCCGUGGAUGGCGGGCGAUGAAUGGAAUAGCAUGGGCUGUGGUGGCACCAAUGACGAGUGGUCAUGCGUUCAGGCUCUCGGUCAAGACGCUGCAGACGCGGCAUUCCGAACGCAUUGGCAAACUUGGAUCACCGCCGACGAUCUCCAGGAGAUUCAAAGCUACGGCCUAAACACCGUUCGCAUUCCGGUGGGAUUCUGGAUCAACGAGGACCUCGUGAAUGAUGGUGAAUACUAUCCAAGGGGUGGCCUUGAGUACCUGGACUAUGUUGUCGGCAACUGCACUGAACUGGGUCUUUAUGUCAUCAUGGACCUUCAUGGGGGCCCUGGGGUUCAAUUUCCUAAACAGCAGUACACUGGACAUUCCGUCGACUCUCCCGGGUUCUACAAUGGGGAUAACUAUGAACGUGCAUACAAGUUCUUGGAGUGGAUGACAGAGCGCAUCCAUACCAACUCAGCAUACUUCAACGUGGGAAUGCUUCAAGUCAUCAACGAGCCUGUACACGCUGGCGACUACCCUUCAGAAGCUGCAGACAUGGUGGCCAACUACUACCCGAAUGCCUGGACUAGAAUCCGCGACCGCGAAGCCCAACUUGGAGUCGCAGAUGGCGACAAGCUUCACAUUCAGUACAUGGGCGAAGCUUGGGGCUCUGGCAACCCCAGCCAGAACCUACCCGACACCACCUUCGCAUUCUACGAUGAUCAUCGUUACUACAAAUGGGACACAUCUGUCACAGUCACUCAGGAUGGCUACAUUUCCGAAGUGUGCAGCGACAACCGAGGAGGCGACGACAUCAUCAUUGGCGAGUGGUCGAUCUCUGUGGCGGAUGAUGCCCAAUACAAUAGCGAGUUCGACAUCCGUGACACUGACGCCAACAAUGACUGGUACAAGAAGUACUUCGCUGCCCAAGUGCAGACCUUCGAGAAAUCCGGUGGGUGGGUAUUCUGGUCUUGGAAGUGCAAUUGGAUCGCCGGUUUCAAUGAGUGGAGGUGGUGCUACAAGAGCGCUGUUGACGCAGGCAUUAUCCCCAAGGAUGCUUCAACCGUGGCAAGCAUGAGCCCUUGCUAGUGGAUAGUAUUUGUUUGCUCACCUAUUCAUAAGCAUCGCCUAGAAGAACUUUCUGUAUUCAAAAGAAGGCCCUCGAUGAUGCGUGCUCUGACCAAUCGAUGUAGAAUCUAUCUUCUUGCAGUCUCACGCCCUUUCGAC